AUGUACCCAGACAACUACGACCCUAUAACUAAAAUGGUAAUUGGUGAAGACAUGAGUUCAUCCAGAAUAUCUUAUAGAAAUGUUAUAGUCACUGUUAGAAGCAGUAGUAGAAUACUACACAGAGAGAAAUCUCAAAAGCACCCAAAAGAACCCACCACCAACAAUAAACCAAAAGAUGUCACUAAUGCCGUACUAAAGGAUACAGUCCAAACAUCAACAUCAAACACACAAAAACCCGCCCCAAUUGCAAAUCCAAUCGAUGACCAGAAAAAUCAUAUUCCAUUGGGUGACUCCAUUUUCUCACCAAUUCAAUCAAAAAUUAGAGCUACCCUCGAUUCAAUGGAUUCACCAAAAACACCAACUUUUUCCUCAAUCCAAAACAAAAACAAAUCACCAUUGACUCAAAUAACAAUUGCUAACUUCGCCAAAUCAGUUGAAAAUAAUAAUCCACAAAUAUCAAUCGGGUCAAUUCCAAUUGUGGCCAAUAAAGAGUCACAACAAAAACCAACAAAAAAAACCACUACUACCACCGCAAUCCCAAAUCUACCACCAACUCGUUCUAGAAGCAGUACUUUCCCUGCUCCCAAAACAAAGUAA